UGUUUUAUUGGGCAUACAGUCUCUCUCCUGACUAUGCCAAUUUAGAACCUGUUACCCCAGCACUAGACCAGUAAUAUUGACUUUGUGUUCCCGGCCUGUAUACUCUCUGCUAAAUUAAGGCAGGAGAAGCGAUCUAUCUACAGGAGUCUGCAGUUGUAUGUAAGUGUGUUUAUUUAAUAGUUUUUAACAUUGUUAUAGUGGUAUUCAUUGCUAGAUCAGGUGCUGUUUGUUUACUGUCUUGAACGUGGGUCGCUUAGACGUGUGUUUGGUGUGUGUGCGCUAUAUUUGUGUUGACUUGUCCCAUAGUAUUCGCUGAUUUUUAUUGUUUAAACUUGUCACGUAGGAUUCGUUGCUAGAUUUGCUUAGACUUCGGGUUGGUUAUCCUGUGUGUGUGUAAAAAUGUCGUCGUUUUAGUGUCUGCAAACAGUGCUUCACUUGUUUUAGAGUAUUAUUUAUUGCUAAAGUGCAGCAUAAUUUAUUUGCGCUGUACAGAAGUUGCGUUUGUUCCCGCGCAACCCUGAGUUUCGGUUUCGGGUGACCACGUGACUAGCUUUGUUGUGAUAAGUAGCAUUAAGGCGUGGCUGCUUUUUUCCACUGAACGGCUCGUAAAAGUGGUUAUUUAUUGGACUUAAUGCUGACGCGGAAGCGGCAGCGGAAGUGGUGGCCCUCGUGUGAAGCCCUCCUCGUGUGAAGACCUACUUGGGUAAAGACCUGCGAGUCUACCUGUGCGAGUCCACCGAGCAAGGACACUGACAAUGCUCCACUCACCAAAGCACUUAAGUAUUUUUCUGUUCUAUCUCUUUUAUUAUUUUACUUAUACAUACAUACUAACAUGUCUAGUUCACUAAUAACACAUGCCUUCAAGCACAUCCCUGUUAUCUGUUGUAGACCAUUCACAAGAUACAGAUGCAAGACAAAACGCAACCCACACAACCUACGGCCGCUUUGCACUUCAACACCUGCUCCACUCUCGUUCUCAGUGGGACACUGGAACUGCCAGUCUGCUGUGAACAAAGCUGCCUUCAUUCUAGCUUUCGCCAUGCAGUCCACCCUCAGCAUCCUGGCACUGACAGAGACAUGGAAACAUCCUGAGGAUACAGCAACACCUGCUGCUCUCUCCAACAACUUCUCCUUCUCCCACACCCCUCGACAUACUGGUCAGCUGACAAGCUUUCUUGAGGAAUUGGAUGUCCUGCUGUCCUCCUUGCCAGAGGAUGGCAGGCCACUUGUGGUUCUUGGUGAUUUCAACAUACACCAAAACAAACCCCAGGCCAUUGAACUGAAUACUCUUCUGGCCUCAUUUGACUUGGAAAGACUACACACCACAGCAACUCACAGGCCAGGCAACCAGCUGGACCUCAUUUUUACACACCAGCACGGACUACACCACCCAGCCCCUGGCUGUCUGACGUCCUUCGUAAACAUCGGACUGAUCUCAGGGCAGCUGAGAGGAGAUGGCGGAAAUCUAAAGAUCCAGCUGAUCUAGCCCAACGACACCACAGUGACCGCUCGAAUCGCUGCCUGUCUGGCAGACAUCUCAGCCUGGAUGAAGGAACACCACCUUCAACUCAACCCUGCCAAGACCGAACUCCUUGUCUUUCCAGCCAAACCGGCUGUUGAACACAACAUCACCGUGCAGCUGGGUCCAACUACAGUUUCGCCUUCCAAAACGGUCAGAAAUCUAGGGGUAACCAUUGAUGAUGAGCUAAAUUUCACAGACCACAUUUCAAAAACUGCAAGAUCAUGUAGAUUUACACUCUACAAUAUCAGGAAGGUAAGACCCUUCCUCUCUGUACAUGCCACACAACUGCUCGUUCAGUCCCUUGUCAUAACUAACUGGACUACUGUAAUGCUCUCAUUGCAGGCCUUCCUGCAUGUGCUAUUAGACCUCUCCAAAUGAUCCAGAAUGCAGCAGCACGUCUGGUCAUUAAUGAACCUAAGAGAGCACAUAUUACACCACUCUUUGUCUCUCUCCACUGGCUGCCGGUUCAUGCACGUAUUAAAUUCAAGGCCCUGAUCCUGGCAUUUAAAGCAGUCACUGGGUCUGCUCCAGCAUACCUAAAAAAAUGUAUGCAGAGCUACGUUCCCACCAGAAGCCUGCGGUCGGCUAAGGAACGUCGCCUUGUCGUACCAAAACAAAGAGGCACCAAAACACUUUCCCGGACUUUCAGUUUCAUCAUACCACGGUGGUGGAAUGACCUUCCCAACUCAAUCUGGGAAGCUAACUCACUCUCUAUCUUCAAAAAACGGCUAAAAACACAUCUUUUCCAAAAGCACUUAACCGGUCACAAAAAAAAAAAAAAAAAUAAAUAAAAAAAAAAAAAAAAUAUUUACAUUUCUUGUUGCACUUAAAUCUGUUUUGUAUACUAUUAUGAUGAUAGUGAAACUUUUUAAUAUGGCACUUUUUGUACCACUGUCUCCCUAAGAUGAUUCGCUGAUGUUCCUCCUCUUUUGUAAGUCGCUUUGGAUAAAAGCGUCUGCCAAAUGAAUAAAUGUAAAUGUAAGGCAAUGACCCAAAGCUUGGGAUCCAUGUUUACUUCAUGGGGAUGCACAUGAUGUUAUUGCUGGAUAUUACAUCACUUUUACAACUCCAAAACGUUGAUUAAUGAUUUGACAUUUCAAGAUGACUCUUAUUGAUGACAAAUAUUUUAACCAGAAUUAUCUGUGGUUCAACAUGCUUUGUCUCUAGGCUGUAAACAGUAGGGACAAGAAAAGUUAGAGGCAGACAGAGAUUCAAAAAUGUAAUGGAAAAUAAACAAAUACUAAAUGAACAAAAUCCACCAAUAAAUACUCUGUCGUUAUGCUUAAUAGGGAUCCUGACUGAGGCUUGGUGUUCAUUGAUCGUAUACCAGAAUUUUAUUGGAGGGAUUUUAUCAAUUUAAAAAUUCCACAAUGGGGAAAUGUUUUAUUUCUCUAUUGUCAGGAGUUAUUUAUAGCCAAAGUGGGGGGCCCGUACACAUAGAACAGAAUCACUCAGUGCCCAACACACAAGUGAAAUAAAACGAAAACAGCCAAUAAGUAAUUAAAAUAAUCUGUAAAUUAAUGGGUUGCAGAUAAUAACGUCUAGGUUACGUAUGUAACCUCCGUUCCCUGAUGGAGGGAACGAGACGU